AUGGGGAGAGAAAGGCUUGAAAAAGAGCCCGUAGGCGACAUACCAGAGGACAUCGCGCUAGCUGUGGAAGCAUUGACGGAGUUGAAGAAUUCACAUGGACCAGGUGGUGGUCAAAUCCAGGAGGGGCAUGAGCUUCGAGAGCCACCAUCACAGCAACAACACCAACCUGACGAUACUUUACUUGCCAAGGUGAGAACUAACGCACUGAUCGAUAAUGCAGUGAAGGUCUACAAGAAGAGUAAAAACCAGUACCCAAGUUUUCGGAAAGGUGCGGAAAUGGUGGAACGAAAAGCUUUGCUUCCUAUGGUCAAGAGAUUAGAAGAACGGCGCACAAAUAAGCGACGUCUUGAAAGUUUAGCACGGCAAGAGGCCGGAGAAAUGCUUGGAGUCGAGACGGAAAUUGAAAUAGACCAGGAAACAGAAAAUGGCGAGCUUCGGAGUUCUGGACCAAACAAAUCUAAGAAACAGAAGAUAACAAAUGCAAUUGCCAAGUCCAAAAGUAAUUUGAAGGGAUACCAGCUCAACAUGUCAAUUGAAUCUAAAAAACGUCUGGUAACGUGUUUACAUUUGUUGAAACUCGCGAAUUACCAAUUGUCCAACCGUGUAAGCUUUCUGCAGGAUUUGGUGCAGAAAGAACAACAGCUAAGGCGAGGUCGAAUACGGGAAUACAAUACUGGUCGCAAACUCAAGAGUCGGAGUGAAAAAAGCCGUAGCGGCAGUAGGAUAUCUGAAAAGAGCCAUAAUAAUGAUGAAAAUGAAAACAGCAUUAACCAUGAAGAUGAUAGAAAAGAUGAAGAUAAACGCACAUCUGAUACGGAGGAGGAAGAUGGAGAAGAAGAAGAAGAAGAUCAAGAAGAAGGCGAUGACGAGGGCGAUUGUUUUUACGACGCGUCAGACAAAUUACAUGAACAAUCAGACGUUGUGAAGAUGGAAAUUGUAGGAACGGUGAAAAAAGUAUACUCUCUCGUGUCGAAAUUCACCGGCAAUUCUCUCCCUGAACCGGCACGGACUCAAGUCCGGGAGUCUCUUUUGCAACUUCCCUCUGCCUGGACAAGUUCCAUGAAUUCUGAUACGCUUUCAAAAUACACCAAUUCCAAGAGAUUGACUCGUAAUGGGAAGGUUUUGAUUCUGGCACAGGAGAGUCUUGGAAUGGUGCACAGCGUAAUGGAUAUCGUUGAUGGUACACUGGGAAAAGCAGAGGAGUGGGUCAAACAAAAGCAAGAAAUCAAAGAGCUGCUCAAGGAGCAGUAUCUCAGCAGCAAAAUGCGUGAAUCGGCUAGGGAAGCUGUUUCUAAAGAAAAGGAAGUAAAUUAA